AUGACUUCAACACCACCUCUUCAAAUCGCAUCGACUCCUCAAACUCCCCAAACUCCUUUACAUGGCGCCGCUUACGAUCGUUCUCAUACCCAUCCCAAUCGAAGGGCUACAAGAACAAGCUCUCGAAUUGCGUCCGCCAAUCUUCACACCACCCCCGACAGGCGCGACAACAUACCUGAAAUUGAAGCCCCAGUGGCCACUCCGCGAUCGUCAAGGAAGUCAAGACCCAGAGUCGCACCUGGAAUUCAAUCGCCAGAAGCGACACCAAAGCACAAGGCACCUCGUCGCGUCCAAGUCAUCUCACCUCCAUCCCCCGAUACCCUUCCUUCGACCAUCGACAAACUACCUCAUUCCAAGUCGCAUCUUCAACCGCUGGCAUCUUCCUCCACCACGAUUUCCGACGGCAUGCUUCCCACUCCUGUCAAAACUCCGAGGAAGAAAAUGGUUCCUCAAACAAGUAACCCCGCUCGUGCACUUUUCCAAGACAAUACCCUGAACGUGAACGACUUGGUGGACUUUGAACCGAGCCCAAAAAGGAAUCGAAAGACUAAACGCCACAAUGGCUUCUCACUUGAAAGCUUCUCUGUUGAGAACGAUGACAGCCGCGGGCAAGUUCAGAUUUACACCGAUUCUCGCGAUAGAAUUCCUCAUGUCGACAAUAGCGAGUCAAACCCUUUCACUGAGCAAAACAUGAACGGAGAAACUUCGUCCACUCGCAAAAUCGCUGGAACGUCUAAACGUCGCAAGGUUAGUGGGGAGCGAAAGAAGCUUGAUCCCCAAGUCGAAGAGGCUAUUGAGAAGGACGAUGGCAUGGUUUAUGUAUUCCGCGGCAAGAAAGUCUACCGACGAUUUGAUGAUGAGGAGGAUGAAGAAGAAGACAUUGAUACUGGUGACCUCGGUCUCUUGGAACACACGCCCAAAGGCUCCGAUGUCAAGCGGCUCCGAACACUUACCCGUCGGUCAAUCAAGCCCAAACGUCUUUUCCAGACUGAAGCGCAGCAAAAAGCACGGGAAGCAGAACGCGAGGAGGAAGCUCUGACUGACAUUGAGGAACCGACUGAUCAGAAGGAAGAUGCAUCGGCGGCAAUCGGCAACAGUACAUCAAGCGACAUUUCCCCAAUGGCAAAGACGAAGAGAUCUCUUCGCUCAAGUGGUCCGGCCCUUUUGAUUUCCGAAGAAGUCAAGUCACUAGAUACCGGUCGUCGUUCACAAAAAGCCAGUCCUUUCGAUUCCUGGCCCAGACUCAAAAGCGGUGGGCGCUCGAUGGCUGGCACUCCCAAGGGAAAGAAGCGCGGCGCGGCGGAUGUGUUUGAAGACAGCGUUGGGGUCAUAGGUGUCGAAACCAAAAAGUCAAGGACCUGA